GGGAGGCGGUAAAACGUCACAGACUAGCAACUCAGACAAACGAGAAGAAGAAGAAGCUGAUUAAUCCGAGCAGCACCUGAACGCAGCGGCAUUAGUCCAGAGAAAGUUCAGACCGAGCAGCAGCUCCGAGGAAACAACGCGGCGACACAGCAGGCUUACCGGCCAACUUUCUGCAAUUUUUAACCCAUCUCCGUGACAGAAGCCUUACACACAAUCAGCGCACAAUUAUCAAAGAUGCCGGCCACAGAGAAGGACCUGGCGGAGGACGCUCCGUGGAAGAAGAUCCAGCAGAACACCUUCACCCGCUGGAUCAACGAGCAUCUGAAGUGCGUCAACAAGCGGAUCGUGGAUCUGCAGCUGGACCUGGGCGACGGCCUGAGGCUCAUCGCCCUGCUGGAGGUCCUCAGCCACAAGAAGAUGUUCAGAAAGUACCACCCGAGGCCCACCUUCAGGCAGAUGAAGCUGGAAAACGUGUCGGUGGCUCUUGAGUUCCUGGAAAAGGAGAACAUAAAGCUCGUGUCCAUAGACUCUAAAGCCAUUGUAGAUGGGAACCUGAAACUGAUCCUGGGUCUGGUCUGGACUCUGAUCCUGCACUACUCCAUCUCCAUGCCAGUCUGGGAAGGCGAGGAUGAAGAGGCAGAGUCAAAGACACCCAAGCAGCGUCUGCUGGGCUGGAUCCAACACAAAGUCCCCGAUCUGCCAAUCACUAACUUCAGCCAGGACUGGAGGGACGGCAAAGCACUGGGAGCACUGGUGGACAGCUGUGCACCAGGCCUGUGUCCAGACUGGGAGACCUGGGAUCCAGUCAGACCAGUGGAGAAUGCCACCGAAGCCAUGCAGCUGGCUGAUGACUGGCUGGGCAUCCCGCAGGUGAUCGCUCCAGAGGAAAUCAUCGACCCCAGUGUGGACGAACAGUCGGUGAUGACCUACCUGUCCCAGUUCCCCAAAGCCAAACUGAAGCCCGGAGCUCCACUCAAACCCAAACUCAACCCCAAGAAGGCCCGCGCAUACGGACCGGGUAUCGAGCCCACGGGGAACAGAGUGCUGCGACCUGCUGUCUUCACAGUGGACACAUUCAGCGCGGGUCAGGGGCAGGUCACGGUCUACCUGGAUCAUCCAGACGGCACACGAGAGGAGCUGAAGGCGGAGCUUAACGAGGGCAAGAAGACGUACAGUGUCACCUACAUUCCUCAGGUCAUGGGACCCCACAAGGUCACUGUGUUGUUUGCGGGCCAAGAGAUUCCCAAAAGUCCCUUUGAGGUGAAUGUGGAUAAAGCGCUUGGAGAUGCUUCCAAAGUCACAGUGAAAGGCCCGGGAGUCGAACCUGUGGGCAACAUCGCCAACAAACCAACUUACUUUGACAUCUACACUGCAGGUGCCGGUACAGGAGACGUGACAGCCAUGAUCAAAGAUCCUCAGGGCCGGCAGAACACUGUGGAGGUGAUGAUGGAGGAUAAAGGCGACAGCGUGUACCACUGCACGUACCGACCCACGCAGGCUGGACCGCACACAAUCACAGUCACCUUCGGAGGCGUUGGAAUCCCUAAGAGCCCCUUCAGUGUGGACGUGGGCCCCGCCUGCAUGCCGGGAGCUUGCCGGGCGACAGGUCGAGGUCUCCGGCCGUCAGGUUUGAGGGUCAAACAGGUUGGUGAUAUCAAGGUGGACACCAGGAGCGCUGGCAGUGGAGAACUGAAAGUGACAGUCAAAGGACCGAAGGGCGUCGAGGAGCCAGUGAAGCAGCUCUCCAGUCAGGAUGGGGUGUUCUCCUACGAGUAUCACCCCAGCAGUCCUGGGAAAUACACAGUCUCCAUCACCUGGGGAGGUCAGCACAUCCCAAAGAGUCCAUUUGAAGUAACAGUUGGUCAGGAGGCGGGGCCUCAGCAGAUAAGGGCCUGGGGUCCAGGUUUGGAAGGAGGCAUUGUGGGUAAACCUGCCACCUUCGUAGUGGAGUCCAUCGGCACCGAUGUGGGAGUGUUGGGUUUUGCCAUCGAGGGACCUUCACAGGCCAAAAUCGAGUGCGAGGACCAAAAUGAUGGGUCAUGUGACGUUCGUUACUGGCCAACGGAACCCGGCGAGUAUGCCGUCCAUGUGACUUGUGAUGAAGAGGACAUCGAACACAGCCCCUUCAUGGCCUACAUCGUCCCUGAUAACAACACUAGCUUCCCAGAUAAGGUCCAGGCUUACGGGCCGGGGCUUGAGAAGAGCGGCUGUGUCGUCAAUCAGCCUGCCGAGUUCACUGUGAACGCUGAGCAUGCUGGGAAAGGACCUCUGAACAUCACAGCUCAGGACGCAGAGGGACUUCCUGUGGAGGUCAAGAUGAGGAGCAAAGGUGACGGACUGUAUAGCUGCUCCUACACGCCUACCUCCCCUCUCAAGCACACUGUGGCCGUGUCCUGGGCUGGAGUCAGCAUCCCCAAAAGCCCCUUCAGGGUGAAUGUGGGUAAAGGCAGCCACCCCAACAUGGUGAAGGUGUUUGGUCCCGGAGUGGAGAGGAGUGGACUGAAGGCCAACGAACCCACACACUUCACUGUGGACUGUUCAGGAGCUGGAGAUGGUGAUGUCGGCGUUGGGAUUAAGUGUGACGCCAACAUGAUCAGCGACAAAGAGGCCGAUGUGGAUUUUGAUAUCAUCCCCAACGCCAACGACACGUUCACAGUCAAAUACAUCCCUCCUGCUGCUGGAAGACUCACCAUUAAAGUCCUGUUCACUGACAAGGAAGUUCCUCAGAGCCCCUUCAUUGUCAAAGUCGAUCCUUCCCACGAUGCAUCAAAGGUCAAAGCAGAAGGUCCUGGACUGGCUCGCACUGGUGUGGAGAGCGGAAAACCGACUCAUUUCACCGUGUUGACUAAAGGAGCAGGUAAAGCACCGCUGGACGUUACCUUCUCCUCUCCCGUGAAAGACUUUGACAUCAUUGAUAACUACGACUACUCUCAGACCGUCAAGUACACACCUGCACAACAGGGGGAGAUGACAAUCGUGGUGAAGUUUGGAGGCGACCCCAUCGCCAAGAGCCCCUUCACAGUUGGAGUCGCUGCACCACUGGACCUCAGCAAAGUCACAGUGGAUAACAUGGAUGGAAGAGUGGAGGUCAACCAGGAGCAGCAGUUCAUGGUGGACACAAAGGGUGCCGGAGGUCAAGGUCACCUGGUGGUAGAACUGCUGAGUCCCAGUCAGCAGGCAGUACCUUGUAAAGUUGAGCCUCAGCCCGGUAAAGCAGAUGUCAGCUUGGUUCGUUACACCCCCACAGAGGAGGGAGUGCAUGCUGUUAACGUGUCCUACGAUGGACACCCCAUCCCUGGAAGCCCCUUUCCUGUGGAGGCCCACCUGCCUCCAGACCCCAGCAAGGUGAAAGCCUUCGGUCCUGGUCUGAAGGGAGGCUUAGUGGGGAACCCGGCUGAGUUCACAAUCGACACCAAAGGUGCCGGCACUGGAGGUCUGGGGCUGACGGUGGAGGGGCCGACCGAGGCCAAGAUCGAAUGUUCAGAUAACGGCGAUGGGACCUGCUCAGUCUCCUACCUGCCCACCGAGCCUGGAGACUACCUGGUUAACAUCCUGUUUGAGAAUGUCCACAUCCCCGGAUCGCCAUUCAGAGCUGACAUCCAGAUGCCCUUUGACCCCUCCAAGGUGGUUGCCUCAGGAUCGGGCCUGAAGAGAGCCAAGGUUGGAGAAACCAGUGUUGUAAAUGUGGACUGCUCUCAAGCUGGACCGGGUGAACUCAGCCUGGAGGCUGCGCUAGAUUCACCCCCAAGCAGCCCUACUGGUUCAGGUCUGGGCUCCGGUGCAAAAGCGAAGACUGAGAUUGUGGAUAACAAAGACGGGACCUACACGGUGACCUACAUCCCUCUGACUUCUGGCAUGUACACCCUGCUGCUGAAGUAUGGAGGAAAGACAGUCCCUGGUUUCCCUGCUAAGGUGAUGGCGGACCCUGCUGUGGACACCUCCAAAGUCAAAGUGUUUGGACCUGGAGUGGAGGGACAAGCUAUUUUCAGAGAAGCCACCACAGAGUUCACAGUGGAUGCUCGUUCUCUGACCCGGAGAGGUGGAGACCACAUAAAGGCGGCGGUCAAGAACCCGUCCGGAGCUCUGACGGACUGUGUGGUUACAGACAAGGCCGAUGGCACCUACAGUGUCGAGUACACUCCUUUUGAAAAUGGCGUCCACAGCAUUCAGGUUCUGUAUGAUGAAACUCCAGUUCCCAAUAGCCCAUUCAGGGUUUCUGUGUCAGAGGGAUGUGACCCGAGCAGGGUGGUGGCUACUGGCCCCGGGCUGGAACAAGGCCUGACUGACCAGCUCAACAACUUCAACAUCUUCACCAGAGGGGCAGGUAUUGGUGGCCUUGGCAUCACUGUGGAGGGUCCAUCAGAGUCUAAGAUGUCUUGCACAGACAACAAAGAUGGCAGCUGCAGCGUGGAGUAUGUUCCCUUCACACCAGGAAACUACGACAUCAACAUCACCUAUGGAGGAGAACACAUCCCUGGGAGUCCCUUUAAGGUCCCAGUUAAAGAUGUGGUGGACUCUAGUAAGGUCAAAGUUUCUGGUCCUGGAGUGGCGUCAGGAGUCAGGGCCAAUAUCCCGCAAUCCUUCACAGUGGACUGCAGGAAGGCCGGCGUGGCGCCCCUGGCUGUGGCAGUCACUGCUCCCAAAGGCAUUGCAGAGCCUGUAGAAGUGACUGAUAAUGGAGACGGGACUCACACAGUGUCCUACACGCCGUCUGUGGAGGGACCGUACUCAGUGGCUGUAAAGUAUGCUGAGGAGGACGUCCCACACAGUCCCUUCAAGUUUCGGGUUCUGCCCACUCAUGAUGCCAGCAAAGUACGAGCCAGCGGCCCCGGGCUGACCAGCGGCGUCCCCGCCAGCUUCCCCGUUGAGUUCAAUAUCGACGCUAAAGACGCUGGCCAAGGCCAACUGAGCGUGCUCAUCACGGACCAGGAUGGUAAACCUAAGCAGCCCACGAUCCAUGACAACGGUGACGGUACAUACCGGGUAUCAUACGUCCCUGACCGUGCUGGCCGGUACACCAUCGUUAUAAAAUAUGGUGGCGAUGACAUCCCAGCAUCACCUUACAGAGUCCGUGCUACAGCAACUGGUGAUGCCAGCAAGUGCACCGUGAGCGGUUCAGGUGUGGGUCCCACUGUGGCCAUUGGUGAGGAGCUGGGUCUGGUAGUGAAUGCAAAGGGUGCUGGUAAAGGGAAAGUGAGCUGUGUGGUGGUUCAGCCCGAUGGCACCGAGGUGGAGGCCGAGGUGCUGGAGAAUGAAGAUGGCACCUUUGACAUCUUCUACACUGCACCAGCUCCUGGGAACUACGUCAUCUACGUCCGCUUUGGAGGGGAAAACAUCCCACGCAGUCCCUUCAAAGUCACGGUGAAGUCGGAAAGCUACCAGCCAGAUGGUGCGAGUGUUAACGGCAGUGGCUUCAGACCUUUCGACAUGGUGAUUCCUUUCGCAUUCAGGAAGGGAGAAAUCACUGGUGAGGUGUUGAUGCCUUCAGGUAAAUCCGCUCAGCCUCUCAUCACAGACAACCUGGAUGGGACGGUCACAGUGCAGUACUCUCCUACUGAGGCCGGUCUGCACGAGAUGCACAUCAAAUACAACGGCACACACAUCCCAGAAUCUCCCCUUCAGUUCUAUGUGAAUCAUGCCAGCAGUCCCAACGUCACAGCCUACGGUCCUGGUCUGAGUUAUGGUGUCGCCAACAAGUUAGCUACCUUCACAGUCUUCACAGAGGACGCCUCCGAAGGAGGUCUGGACCUGGCUAUCGAGGGUCCGUCCAAAGCGGAGAUCAGCUGUGUGGACAAUAAAGACGGGACCUGCACCGUCAGCUACCUGCCCACGCUGCCAGGAGACUACAACAUCCUGGUCAAAUACAAUGACGAGCACAUCGCUGGCAGCCCGUUCACCGCCAGGAUCACCGAGGACAACCAGCGGCGCUCUCAGGUCAAACUGGGCUCGGCUGCAGAUUUCUCUCUGGACAUCAAUGAGACGGACCUCAGCCUGCUCAGCGCCAGCAUCAGGUCGCCCUCUGGACGUGACGAGCCCUGCUUGCUGAAGAGGAUGGCCAACAACCACAUCGGUAUCUCCUUCAUCCCCCGGGAAGUGGGCGAGCAUAAGGUCAGCAUCCUGAAGAAUGGUCGUCAUGUCGCCAACAGUCCCAUCACCAUCAUGGUCGUCCAGUCUGAGAUUGGCGACGCCAGUCGAGUCAAAGCUCACGGUGACGGCCUCGUCCAGGGAACCACCUUCAACAACGCCAGCUUUAUAGUCGACACGCGGGAGGCAGGUUAUGGCGGUCUGGCUCUGUCCAUUGAAGGUCCAAGUAAGGUAGACAUCCAAACAGAGGACAUGGAGGACGGGACCUGUAGAGUCACUUACUGCCCGACCGAACCUGGAAACUACAUCGUCUCAAUCCGCUUCGCUGAGGAGCACGUGCCAGGAAGCCCGUUCACGGUGCGGGUGACGGGUGAAGGUCGUAUUCGGGAGAGCAUCACCAGACGACAGAAGGCGGCGUCUGUCGCCAGCGUCGGGAGUGUGUGCGACCUCAGCUUAAAGAUACCAGCGAUCGACAUGCAGGACGUCACUGCUGAGGUCACCUCCCCCUCUGGAGCCAGUCAGCCAGCCGAGCUCGUGGCCACUGGUAACGACGCCUACUGUGUGCGCUUCGUGCCCACAGAGAUGGGCGUGCACAGCGUGAGUGUGAAGUACAGGGGCGUGCACGUGCCGGGUAGCCCCUUCCAGUUCACUGUGGGGCCGCUGGGAGAGGGCGGGGCUGGCAAGGUGAAGGCCGGAGGUCCAGGACUGGAGGGAGCACUGGCAGGAGAGCCAGCUGAAUUCACGAUCUGGACGAGAGAGGCAGGAGCUGGUGGUCUGUCAGUUGCCGUGGAGGGACCCAGCAGGGCUGAGAUCUCCUUCGAUGACCGCAAAGACGGAUCCUGCGGCAUCUCUUACGUUGCUCAGGAGCCUGGUGAUUAUGAGGUUUCGGUGAAGUUUAACGACCAGCACAUACCCGACAGCCCCUACCUGGUUCCUGUUGUCGCUCCAGUGAACGACGCCCGUCGCCUCUCUGUUGCGGGCCUUCAGGAGUCUGGUCUGAAGGUGAAUCACCCAGCAUCCUUUGCGGUGCGUCUAAAUGGAGCCAAAGGCAAGAUGGAUGCCAAAGUCCACAGUCCCUCUGGAGCUCUGGAGAAGUGUGUCGUCACAGAGCUGGAAAGAGACAAGUACGCUAUCCGGUUCAUCCCCAGGGAGAAUGGCGUCCACACCAUUGAUGUCAAAUUCAAUGGCUCUCACAUCCCUGGAAGUCCUUUCCAGGUCCGAGUCGGCGAACCAGGACAGACCGGAGAGCCUGGUCUGGUUUCAGCAUACGGAUCAGGACUGGAGAGGGGAACAACAGGUACCCAGUCAGAGUUCAUUAUUAACAACACUAAGGCAGGCCCUGGGUCCUUGGCUGUGACCAUCGAGGGUCCAUCAAAAGUAAAGAUGGACUGUCAGGAGGUUCCUGAAGGCUACAAGGUGCAGUACACUCCCAUGGCACCUGGAAACUACCUGAUCAGCAUUAAAUACGGAGGCCCAAACCACAUCACUGGGAGUCCCUUCAAGGCCAAAGUCACAGGUCCUCGUCUUGUGAAUGUAACGAACGCCAGCGAGACAUCGACCCUGACACUGGAUCCGGCAAUUCGGGCAUCCAGCAGCUUCACGCAGAGCGCCAUGCCCAGGCUGGGUGACUCUGACGCAAGCAAGGUGGUGAGCCGAGGAGCUGGCCUGAGCAAGGCCUUUGUGGGCCAGAAGAGCAACUUCACUGUUGACUGCAGCAAAGCAGGUAAGAACAUGCUCCUGGUGGGCGUGCAUGGCCCACAGGUCCCCUGUGAGGAGGUGCUGGUCAAACACGUGGGCAACCUGCAGUACAACGUCAGCUACGUACUGAAGGAACGGGGCAACUACAUCCUGGUGGUCAAGUGGGGUGAGGACCACAUCCCUGGCUCCCCCUUCCACGUCACCGUCCCCUGAUGAGCCAAGAAACCUUCCGUCUCUCCUCCUGUGCCGUUUUGCAUCCCAGUUUGAGUUAAAAGACACAUUAGCUGCACUACAAAUAACUGUCCAGUGAACAAGCUGCUGAGCAAAGCUUUCUCUGCUAACUUUGUUUUCAGCUCAAAUCAGAUGAUUUUUGAGGAUUUUCUGAAGCAACUCAUUUACAUUUUGAAAUGUUUCUCCUUGAUAUAGAAAAAUGUCAGAAUUAAAGAAAACAUUAGAGAAAAUAAAUGCACCACUGAAUAGAGACUUUGAACUCUUAGACACUUUUCUGGUAGUGAAUCAUUGAAGCGAAAUGGUAGAUGUACUCUAGUUUACUAGAUUGAACUGACUGAAGGUAAAAAAUCUAAAAUCUGUCGAUUUAAAACUGCCCUGGAAUUUUCAAUUGGCUCAUGUUGCGCUUGAAUUUUUAUCCUAGAUUCGUGAAUUAACGUUUGCUGGUUUUACACAGGUAGUUCAUCCACCUGCACAUCAGCUUGUGUUGAACUGAAUAUGUUAAGUUUGAAGUGAAACAAGUGGAUCCGAAGCUUUUAAAUACCUAUGUGCAAAAAUAUAUAUGCAUAACUGGAAUUUCACAGGACAAAACUCAGAACUAUAGAGACACUUGACAUGAGGUUUCCUAAUGGUUUAACUGCAUGUUGAAGAGAAUAUGCUGCUGGUUUAGCUGGGAACCGGGCGGUUAUCGCCAGGUUUGUGCAGAACGUUUUCUCAACAAAAUUACUGAACGACUGUGUAAAAAAGAAAAGUGAUCAUCUCAAACAAACAUCUCAAAAAAGGAACUGGAGUUGUCUUUUUGUUUUUUUGUUUUUUUUCGUGUCAUUGAUUAAUUUACUCCAAGACUAACUAAACUGUCAAACUGUACGCCAACUACUGAUGUUUAAUGUUUCUUGCGCCUAAACUAGCUGCCAGAGUCCCGCGUGUACUAAAGGUUGCCAUAACGAGUCAGUGAUUGUUUAAGCUGCCUUCACACUACUGUUUCCUGCACUGUUUGACAGACUACUUAAUUAUGUGCUGGAGUUUAGAUGUCCUUCUAUCUUCUCUGUUGUUUCUUCUUGUAUUUUCACACGAGCAGAUCUGACUCGGUUCUGAUUAAAAACAUUUUAAAGCAGAUCUAAGAUGAAAAAUUAAAAGUCAGAACUGUAGUUUGUGUGUAAAUCUGGAAAUCUACAUGAAUUUAAUGUUGUUGCCUUAUCACUGCUACUUUUGAUACUUAAGAGAUGAAAGUUGUGGGGUGUUUUUUGUUUUUGGUUUUUGUUUUUUUGUUUUUUGUAUGUGGGGUUUAAGGGGAGACUUCUCAUUUUGUAUUGGUGUUUUAAUGUGAAACUAAACCCUGAGAUAUGAUGUACAUUUGAUAAUUAAAAUAAAGAACAGUUAAGAUGUUA